AUGGACCGACCAAGUGACGAUGAUGAAGAUGCGGAGUUGGACCUCGACCUCCUGGCGAUCAACGAGGACGACGUGCGUCAAACCGUCUACAAGCAGACUGGCAAGCGCAGAAAACGACGAUCAAGUGCUCCUGAAACGAUGUCUGAUGACGAAGAAGAUGAAAGCGUCUACGAUCAAGAUGACGACUCGACACCUCCAACAUUUUGGCGUGCAAGUGCAAACGCAGUGGAAGCAACGGACCUAGCAGAACCUGUGACUUUUCAAGACGCGAUCAAUGGUCCUGAUCAAGCUCACUGGCGAAAUGCUGUGAAGGCGGAACUCAAGUCGAUGCAUCUUCGUGGAGUUUUCCGUGCGGCAAAACUGCCAAGAGGCCAAGGCGCGAUCGGCAACAAGUGGGUGUUCAAGAUCAAGCGCAAAGCGGAUGGAUCGGUCGAGAAAUACAAGGCGCGUCUCGUUGCCAAGGGCUUCAAGCAGAAGUAUGGCAUCGACUACACAGAGACGUUCUCGCCCGUGGUCAAGUACGUGACACUGCGUAUGGUGAUCGCGAUCACCAAGUAUUUCGACUGGCCACUGGACCAACUCGAUGUGGUGACAGCCUUUCUCUACGGAGUGAUGAAGGAGAAGGUGUACUGCGUGAUACCAGAAGGCGUCGAGAUGGAUGGCGACUUCGACUGUCUCGAGUUGGUGAAGGCGAUCUACGGUCUCAAGCAAGCUUCACGUGUGUGGAACGAGACUUUCGACGAGUUCGUAUGCUCUAUCGGUUUCGAAGCGUCGGCGUUCGACCCAUGUCUCUACAUCAAGGUUGUCGACGGUCACUGUGUGCUCGUGCUGGUCUACGUGGAUGACGUGUUGGUCACCGGCAGCUCGCUCGAGUUGAUUGCGCAGACGAAGGCCGACCUCAAGACGCGUUUCGAGAUGACCGACAGUGGCAAGUGUACUUUUGUACUGGGCAUCGAACUGGUGGACGAAUCGGAUGGCAGCGUGACGAUGUGCCAGCGACGGUAUGUCAACGACAUCCUCAAGCGCUUCGGCAUGGAUGAGUGCAAGGCCACAGCAAGUCCGGUCGACUUGAGCACUCGGCUUGUCGGAAGCAGCGAAGCGGCCAAGAUCGACGUUCCGUUUCGUGAAGCUGUGGGAGCUUUGAUGCACUUGACGACUGCGACGCGCCCGGACAUUGCGUAUGCUGUGGGGUACGUCUCGCGCUUCAUGGAGAAUCUGCAGCAAGAACAUUGGACGGCGGUGAAGCGCAUCUUUCGUUACUUGCAAGGGACCAAGCCGCACGGACUCCGCUUCCAGCCAAGCGACAAGAUCGACUUUCGUGGCUACUCGGACGCGGACUGGGCCGGCGACCACGCUGAUCGCAAGUUGACUUCGGGUUACACUUUCAUGCUGAUGGGUGCUCCUGUGAGUUGGGGAAGCAAGAAGCAGUCAAGAAGGCAAGUGGGUGCAUCGCUUGCUAUGCGAGAUUUUGGCGGCCGCAACAACGAACCAGGACCGGACCUCGUCAUCCGUGAAGACAACCAGUCGUGCACCAAGAUGACGAAGAAUCCGGUGAAUCAUGGCCGCGCCAAGCACAUCGACAUCAAGUACCAUCACAUCCGUGAUGAGGUCAAGCGCGGUGAAGUGCAGCUCGAGUAUUGCGAGACUUCCGUGAUGAUGGCGGACAUCAUGACCAAGGGACUUCACGGGACCUCGCCACAAGAACUUGACGACGGCUCUCGGCAUUCGUGCGAGUUCGGAUUGAGGGGGCGUGUUGACGGUCAUCAGUUUCUACCAGUAUUGAUUACCGUGACCGGUCCAAUCCGAACCGCCUGUUCAGCUUAG